UCAACUGAGAGCCGCAAUGACAGUCGGAGCUUUGAGUCUGAAUAUCAUGAAGAACAGUGUGCAGUCCUGUGCUUGAGAAAAGCAUGAAUUCAUGUGAAACUUCAGUCUGCUGUUAGAGAGCUGACUGACUGCAGGCGGUUGAUUCAGGAGGAAGCGAUGUUUAGUCCUCUAAGCAGUAAGCAGCAGCUUGCAGGUCCCGGUCUCACAGAUCUACAGCAGUACAGUCAAUGGCUGGCCAGUCGACAUGAGGCCAGUCUACUGCCCAUGAAGGAAGACCUGGCCCUUUGGCUGUCCAGCAUGUUGGGUGUCGAGAUUACCGCCGAAAGCUUCAUGGACAGGUUAGACAACGGUUUCCUGUUGUGUCAGCUGGCUGAGACUCUACAGGAGAAGUUCAGGCAAAACAACGCAGACUUGACUCCACCGGGAAAGUUGAUCCCCAGUAGGAGGAUUCCCUGCCGAGCCAGCGCCCCAUCCGGUUCCUUUUUUGCCAGGGACAACACAGCCAACUUCCUGUCGUGGUGUCGAGAGGUGGGCGUUGGUGACACCUGUCUGUUUGAGUCUGAUGGACUGGUUUUACACAAGCAGCCUCGAGAGGUUUGUCUAUGCCUGCUUGAGCUUGGGAGAAUCGCAUCUAGGUAUAAAGUAGAGCCACCUGGACUCAUAAAACUGGAGAAAGAGAUUGAACAGGAGGAGAAGGCACCUGAACCUCCACCUUCUCCUGUACCACCCACCUCCAAUUCUCCAUCCAUCUCUCCGCUCAACUCUCCAUUCAGCAAAACCAACUCAACUAAAAAGAGUACCGGCAAACUUCUGGAUGAUGCCGUAAAGCACAUUGCUGAAGACCCACCUUGUAAGUGCCUGAAUAAGUUCUGUGUAGAAAGGCAAUCGCAGGGCCGCUAUCGUGUCGGGGAGAAGGUGCUUUUCAUCAGGAUGUUGCACAAUAAACACGUGAUGGUGCGUGUUGGCGGAGGCUGGGAGACGUUCGAGAGCUAUCUGCUGAAGCACGACCCGUGUCGUAUGCUCCAGAUCUCUCGCGUGGAAGGCAAGAUAUCGCCCAUCACGGGAAAAUCUCCCAGCAUCAGAGACCUCACGCCUGACAGCUACCUGGUGGUGGCGGCCCACUACAAAAGCAAGAAGUAAAGAAACAUGUUGCGACGACCGACAAACAGUGAUUUGUAGCAUUAUUUGUAGACGCCACAGGGACAUUUCAACAGGCUUGUGAAACUAGUGUUUGUGUUUGCAGAGAAAAAUCUGUAAUACAAGAAUUAAAGCAAAAUGCUAGUUUGAUGCAGUGUAUACAAUCGGACUGGAGUCUGGAACUGGAAUCCAGAAGUUUUAUUCUUUUACGAUGCUCUUCAUCUCAUUCAGAUGAUAUGACCUCUACCCUGGGAAAGCUUUUUUUCACCGAGGAAGUACUAUAUUGCUUAGUAAUCUUGAUCGCUGGAUGAAUUCAAGUAUUCAUUUCUGUCUUGGUGUUUGUUGUGCUUUACUAACAAUAUUAAUGAUACAGUUGUUUUUUACUUGUUUGGGGUUAUGUUUUGUUCUAUGGUGUCAUAAAACAAUCUUCUUUGGCCUUUAUUGUAGUAUUUGUAUUAAAUUGUGUUUAUGAUGUGCACACAAUGUGUUUAAAGGAUUCUGCUCUUUAAUGAAAAUAUCCAGUCGUGUGUAUUAGACUCGGUCAGUUCAGUUGAUGUUUGCAACAAAUAUCAGAAUGGAAAAUGUGAUUGACCAUAAGUGCCGUAUAAUGAAAGCACAUUGUUGAAUUUGUCUCAUUCAGGUUAUCCAAAAAAGGACUAUCUAUUAAAAACGACUAAAACGUGACGAAUGCUCAGCAUCUGUUGUUCAGCAUCUGAUCUGAUAUGCUACAAUGAGGUUUGAGUACAUUAGACAGAGCAAAGAUCUUUCUUCGCAUCCCAAAGUUUUAUAACCAAUAAUAAAAACGUAAAAACAUCAUUCAAAUGUCAUUUAAUCAACACACUAACAUCUUCAUUAAAGCAAUGACAUUCUGCCUUUGUGCUUCUCACUUUGUGAUCCAGAAGUGUGCUGCAGCCCUCUACUGGUAAACACAAACAUUGCAAUUCAGCCAUUUGUUAUGCAGCAUUUGUGUUAAAAGAAAUAAGUCACCAAAAAUAAAUGAAACCCAGCAACCAGAUCUUUCAGUCAAUGUGAGUGGAUGAGACUGAUUUAUGAACCAAUCAUUCACAAUG